GCGGCAUGCGGGGGAGCCGCCGCCGGAGCCGGAGCGAGCCCGCCCCGGGGGGAGGGCGAGGGCGGCGAGCCAUGACGGGCGGCGGCGCGGCGUUCCGCCGUCGGUGCUAGAGGGCGACCGCGGGGCGCGGAGCCCGCCUGGCUCGGCGGGCGCGGAGCGCGGAGGCAGCGCGGAGGGGCCGCCGGGGCCGCCGCCGCCGCCAUGGGCAACGCGGGGAGCGUGGACUCGCAGCAGACGGAGUUCAGGGCGCACAGCGUGCCCCUCAAGCUGCCCAUGCCCGAGCCCGGCGAGCUGGAGGAGCGCUUCGCCGUCGUCCUGAAUGCGAUGAACUUGCCGCCCGACAAAGCCCGGCUCCUGCGGCAGUAUGACAACGAGAAGAAGUGGGAGCUCAUCUGUGACCAGGAAAGAUUUCAAGUGAAGAAUCCUCCGCACACAUACAUCCAGAAGUUGAAGGGCUAUCUGGACCCGGCUGUAACCAGGAAGAAAUUCAGAAGACGAGUCCAAGAGUCUACUCAAGUGCUCCGAGAACUGGAAAUUUCUUUAAGAACAAAUCACAUCGGAUGGGUGCGGGAGUUCCUGAACGAGGAAAACAAAGGCCUGGAUGUUCUGGUGGAGUACUUGUCCUUCGCGCAGUAUGCAGUCACGUUUGACUUCGAAAGUUUGGAGAACAAUGUGGAAAACUCGAUGGACAAGUCCAAACCUUGGAGCCGAUCUAUUGAGGACCUGCACAGGGGCAGUAAUUUGCCCUCCCCAGUUGGCAACAGCAUUUCCCGCUCGGGCAGACACUCCACUUUACGGUAUAACACCUUGCCAAGCCGAAGAACGCUAAAAAAUUCCAGAUUAGUGAGUAAAAAAGAUGACGUUCAUGUCUGCAUCAUGUGUUUACGGGCCAUAAUGAAUUACCAGUACGGAUUCAAUAUGGUCAUGUCGCAUCCACAUGCCGUUAACGAAAUUGCACUAAGUUUGAACAACAAGAACCCCAGGACAAAGGCCCUCGUCUUAGAACUUUUAGCAGCUGUUUGUCUCGUCAGAGGAGGGCAUGAAAUCAUCUUAUCUGCAUUUGAUAACUUCAAAGAGGUGUGUGGGGAGAAACAGCGCUUUGAGAAGCUGAUGGAGCACUUCCGAAAUGAAGACAACAAUAUAGACUUUAUGGUGGCCUGCAUGCAGUUCAUCAACAUCGUUGUCCACUCGGUGGAGGACAUGAACUUCAGAGUCCACCUGCAGUACGAAUUUACGAAGCUGGGCCUGGAUGAGUACCUGGAUAAACUCAAGCACACGGAGAGCGACAAACUGCAGGUGCAAAUUCAAGCUUACCUGGAUAACGUUUUUGAUGUGGGAGCUCUACUGGAGGAUGCCGAAACCAAGAAUGCAGCCCUGGAAAGAGUGGAAGAACUGGAAGAAAACAUUUCCCAUUUAUCUGAAAAACUCCAAGAUACGGAGAAUGAAGCCAUGGCGAAGAUUGUGGAACUGGAAAAACAACUUAUGCAAAGAAACAAAGAACUGGAUGUGAUUCGGGAAAUCUACAAAGAUGCAAAUACCCAGGUUCACACCUUGAGAAAAAUGGUGAAAGAAAAAGAAGAAGCCAUCCAGCGACAAUCAACGCUGGAGAAAAAGAUCCAUGAACUGGAGAAGCAGGGAACCAUUAAGAUCCAGAAGAAAGGUGACGGUGACAUCUCUAUCCUCCCUGUUGCUCUGGCCUCUGGGAUGGUGCCGGCAGGGUCAGAGGCUGUGGCUGGCACGUGUGUUGCACCGGUCGCUGGAGCUGCAUCUUCAGUACCAUUGCCACCACCUCCGCCACCAUUACCCGCCUUAGCAGCGGCAUCUGAGGCAGUGCAAAACGGUCCUGUGUCGGUGCCGAUGCCACCUCCACCACCGCCUCCACCGCCACCUCCACCACCACCGCCGCCGCCUCCUCUCCCAGGUCCAUCUUUGGAGACGGCUCCUGCGGCUCCACUGCCCCCACCGCCCCCGCCCUCGGCACCCCCCCUGCCCGGGACAGCCUCUCCCACCGUGGUCUUCAACUCAGGGCUUGCAGAUGGGCCAAUCAAGCUCUUCUCUGUGAAAAUCAAGAAGCCGAUCAAGACCAAGUUCCGCAUGCCGGUGUUCAACUGGGUCGCCCUCAAACCCAACCAGAUCAAUGGGACGGUCUUCAACGAAAUAGAUGACGAAAGGAUCCUAGAGGAUUUAAAUGUGGAUGAAUUUGAAGAAAUAUUCAAAACAAAAGCCCAAGGUCCAGCCAUUGAUCUUACUUCAAGCAAGCAGAAGAUAACUCAGAAAGGGUCAAACAAAGUCACAUUACUGGAUGCCAACAGGGCCAAAAAUCUUGCCAUUACUUUAAGAAAAGCUGGAAAGACAGCAGAUGAAAUAUGCAAAGCUAUUCACGUGUUUGACCUGAAGACGUUGCCAGUGGAUUUUGUUGAAUGCCUCAUGCGGUUCCUGCCCACCGAGAACGAAGUCAAAGUGCUGCGACUCUACGAGCGGGAAAGGAAACCCAUCGAGAACCUGUCUGACGAAGACCGGUUCAUGAUGCAGUUCAGCAAGAUCGAGAGGCUGAUGCAGAAGAUGACCAUCAUGGCGUUUAUAGGCAACUUUGCAGAAAGCAUCCAGAUGCUGACCCCGCAACUUCAUGCAAUAAUAGCUGCAUCCGUCUCAAUAAAGUCAUCACAAAAGCUUAAGAAAAUACUGGAGAUAAUCUUGGCUCUUGGAAACUACAUGAACAGCAGUAAACGGGGAGCUGUGUAUGGAUUUAAGCUACAGAGUUUAGACCUGCUCCUGGAAACAAAGUCAACAGACCGAAAGCAGACCCUGCUGCACUAUAUUUCAAAUGUGGUCAAGGAGAAGUACCAGCACGUUUCCCUCUUUUACAAUGAGCUUCAUUACGUGGAGAAGGCUGCUGCAGUGUCUCUUGAAAAUGUCCUCUUGGACGUGAAGGAGCUGCAGAGGGGCCUGGAUCUGACGAAGCGCGAGUACACCAUGCACGACCACAACACCAUGCUGAAGGAGUUCAUUCAGAACAACGAAGGGAAGCUAAAGAAACUGCAGGACGACGCCAAAAUAGCCCAGGAUGCCUUUGAUGAUGCUGUGAAGUACUUUGGGGAGAAUCCCAAGACGACGCCCCCCUCGGUCUUUUUCCCAGUGUUUGUCCGAUUUGUGAAGGCCUACAAGCAAGCAGAAGAGGAGAAUGAGUUGAGAAAAAAACAGGAGCAGGCCUUAAUGGAAAAACUUAUGGAGCAGGAAGCAUUGAUGGAGCAACAGGACCAAAAGUCUCCUUCACAUAAAACAAAGCGACAGCAGCAGGAGCUGAUUGCAGAGCUCCGACGGCGGCAAGUCAAGGAUAACAGGCAUGUGUACGAAGGGAAGGACGGUGCUAUUGAAGACAUUAUAACAGUGCUGAAGACUGUGCCCUUUACCGCUCGAACCGCCAAGCGGGGCUCUCGGUUUUUCUGCGAACCUGUUCUCACUGAGGAAUUCCAUUACUAAACUAUUCCUCUUUCACAUCUGAUGCUCUUAGACAAAAGAAAGAUCUUAGAAACCAGCCGUACCGACGGGCCGACGCGGUGAGGAGAAGCGUCCGGCGGCGCUUUGAUGAUCAGAACUUGCGCUCUGCCAACGGUGCAGAGAUCACCAUGUGAGCUGGAGGCCUGCGGGCGGCGAGGAAAAGGGGGUGCUCGAAUCAGACCUUGUCCCUGGCAACUCUUGUCUUCUGCCGCUCGUUUACAGCCUUGGGAACAGUAAAACUCACCUUCUGAAGGGCUCGAAGACCUCGGCCAAUGCAUAGGAACGUCAGCGCUGGGCUCUCCACUCAACCGUAGCUAACAAGUGCCUAAAAUUGGAGUACCUGCUCAAAUUAAUCAAAGCAAUAGGACUUGAUUUGAUUGGGUAUCUUUUUACACCAAUACAUUAUUCAGUAUUUUUAACCAAAAUGUAAAAUACAUGUUGGGGGGGGGGUGUUGGGGGGAGGGUGUUUAGUUUGGUUUGCUGAUAGAAGAGUUUAGCGACUGGUCUCCUGCGGACGUGACCUGCAUCCCGACUGGUUGUAAACUGGUGAUACUGGACGCGCUCCGCUGCUCGGCGCGUCGCCCUGCUGUCGGCCCGGGAGUCACCGCGGCUUCAGCUGCACUUACUGCCUUCUCUGUGGGUUGGGUUUUGGUUGUUUUUUUUUUAAAAAAAGGAAGACAUUUAAGGGCUUUCUAUAUAUAUAACAUGGAAAUAAUGCCAAGAGGAGACCCGUACCUUCCCCACCGCCCACAGACACCCCCCGGCAUCGUUCCACGGACGUCGGCGAUCACACGCGGUCGAGCGGGAGGCGUCACCCGGGGGUUGUGCCGUUGGGCGCGGGGGUGGCCAAGGCACGGCCCACGUUCUUCAGCUGGAGGCAGCUUUCAAAUAACAGCCUGUUUAUUAAUUAGCACUAAGGUAUUAACAUCUCAGUAAUCAGUAUUAGGAGUCCGGGGCGCGCUGCCGCUCAGGCGCUCGCCCAGAGAAGCCUCCCGUGCCCUGCGCCGGGGAUCGGCGCCCCGCGCCGGCUCCGGUUCUUGGACAAUCCCAGUUCCCCGCUGAGGAGCGUCGGGGCAGCGAAGGGAAGCCCGGCCUGCAAAGCCCGAUAGGUCGUAGGUUGUACGUUGCAUUUUUAAAGCUUAAAAAGGGACGUGAGACUCACUUUUAGCAAAAUUACACACCCCGCCCCCCCACCCCCCCGCUGCUGCGCACCAGUGUCCCAGCGCAGCGAAACGCCGCCGCACUGGUGCGGGCAGCGCGCGCCGGCUUCUCAGCGGCGACCAACUGGACGGAAGAGAAAUUGAUACUUUCCCAGAUGCAUUUUGCUUCCAGCUUCCCUGUCCUGGUCUCACUGCAUCAACAUGUUAAUUGUAAAAUUUAUUGUAUAGUAUUUAACCACUGAAUUUCUUUUUCUUUUACGUUGUGCUUACGUGAACCACUGGUGAAGGUCCCCCUUGUUUUUUUUUUUCCUUGGAUAAUGUGUAGUUAUAUGAUAAUCUGUUUUUAAAUGUACAGAUAUUUUGCUACAAAAUUGGUGCAGUUUUUUAUGGUUUUUACACUUCUCUUUUAUUCCCACUUUAGCCUCCGGGUAAUAUUGUAAAUAUUGUUUAAAAAAAAAAAAAAAUGCAUCAGCCUGUGCUAUACAAUCUGAAUGUUAUUUUAACUUAUAGUUUUUGUUUUUAUAUUUAACUAAAUGGACAGUUUGGGGCUCAAAGUUACCACAUUGACCUCUGCUUGCCUAUUUACAGGAAGUUUACUUUAAAAACUGCCACUUUCUCGCAUUUGCAGCCACGCGUCCCUGACACGCUGAAGAGAACAUGCCACAGCGCCUCUCUCUUCACCCACGGUGACAGAAGAGGACUUUAAUCCGCAUAAGAAAAGUUGACAAUUAAUUUAAGAAGUUGUUUGUUAGGCAAAUGGUUAAAAGCACUAGCUCUCACGUUCUUAAGCUCAAAGGUAUUUUUUUAAUUGAAGACAAAAAUUAUUGUACAACUAAAUAUAACGCUGGCAUGUUCUCUUUAAUAUUUUUCUAGUAAUAGACCUGCUUCUUAGCAAUAUUAGAAGUGUUUUAUAACAGCAGUUCAUGUUACUAUCCUGGUCUGUUCCUGCCAUAAGAUCAAAUAAACUAUUUACACUACUA